AUUUAACGGUAUUCCACGAACAAUGACACUCGCCUGAACAACACUGUGAUUGGGGGACCACUCUGAAGUUGUAAAACGUGAAUCUUGUGCGGAUACUGACGUUCUGUUUUCCCUUCCUCCUGCGGGACAGACGGCUACAAGCAUGAACUGGAGUGGAACUUGGGACCUAUGAGGAGGAUAUGUGUCUGAAUCUGAAGUCAACCCGGGACCUUACUCAGCCUUCAGGAGACGGGUGGCAUUGCUUCUCAACUCGAAGCGAGAUUGCGAGUGCGGAAUGUAUGUUGACGGUCGUUCCUGGCGACUGAAGCGAGAUAUUUGCAGUGCAGAAGUUGGACCAUCAUACUAACUGCAACCACUUACUCUCCUGGACUACUUCAGGUGAAGUCAGGGUAAAAGAGAAACAGAAAUGGAUGUGUUUGGGGGUGCACCACGUUUCUUUGCGUAUCCAAGACCUGUGGUGGUACAAAGUGGGACUGACGCAGUCCUGAAGUGUCAAAUUGGUGGCGAUCCAAGGCCUGCAGUUAUCUGGGAGCGAAACAAUGAAAAGAUUGACCUACAAGGACGAUACAGGGUCUUUGAGGAUGGAAACGUUUACAAUCUCAUCAUUUCAGCUGUGACCAUGGAAGACAGUGGACAGUACAUAUGCAAAGCAAAAAACAGCAUUGGGGAAACUUAUGCAGCGGCCACACUGAAGGUGGAAGGUGAGGCACAAGAGAUGGAGCUACGAGAGGAAAAUAAGCCACGGUUCCUUAUCAAGCCACUCUCCACUCGCGCAGGUCGUGGGGAAGAUGCGGUGUUCUCUUGUAAACUCUGGGGAAAUCCACGACCAGAGGUUGUCUGGGAGAAGGAUGGCAGGAAACUCAAUGAGAUAUUUGAAAGCACGCAUUUCAGUGUGGGCUACCAGGAUGGUGGAUGGUUCCAGCUCAAGAUCUUUAAGACUCGAGCACCAGAUGGUGGUGUAUAUACAUGCAAAGCCAGGAAUGAGUUUGGGGAAUCAUUGGCAGGAGCUGUGUUGCUCGUUGAUGCCGGCCCAGGACAUGAGGAAGAAGGAAAUCGUAAUGGCUACACAAACAGCCACUGGAAAGCCAACCAGGGCAAACAGAAGAGUGGUAGGCAAGUGCCAAACCGUCUCAAAGAUGACUCCAUUACCAAGUCUACCAAAGUAAAAAUGUUUGCAGUGACUGAGGGUAAACAUGCCAAAUUCCGCUGCUUUGUGACUGGUAAACCCAAACCAGAAAUAAUUUGGAGGAAAGAUGGCAGACUGAUACUGUCUGGAAGGCGUUAUUUGUUAUAUGAGGACAGAGAAGGAUACUUCACCCUUAAAGUUCUCUACUGUAAGCAAAAGGAUAAUGGCGUUUAUGUUUGUGCUGCAUCAAAUACUGCAGGGCAAACCCUCAGUGCUGUACACCUCUCCGUAAAAGAGCCGCCUGUGCGGUUCAAGCAGCCUCUCAUUGAUCUAGAGGUAUGGGAACGAGAUUUGGCUGUUCUUGAGUGCGAAGUUCCAGAGGACUCUGUUUCCAUCACAUGGUAUCUAGAAGACAGACGGCUGCAGCCAGGGGCCAAAUAUGGAAUGGAGGAGUGGGGAACAAAAAGACGACUAACUAUCCGUGACAUCGGAGUUGAUGAUGAUGGGAUUUACCUCUGUGAGAUGCCCGAUGGGGGGAGAAGUAUUGCAGAGGUAGCCGUAAAAGGUACAAUCUUGCGAAAACUUCCAAGAAAAGUGGAUGUCUUGGAAGGUGAAAAUGCUGCCUUUUGUGUGGAAGUAGAAAAAGAAGAGAUGGACAUACACUGGUACAAAGAUGGCACAGAGCUGCGUGAAACCCAUCAGACCAUUCUAAAAUCCUUCGGUCGAACUCACAUUCUGGUUUUUGUCAAUACAAUGCCCCAAGAUGCUGGCCUUGUGACUUUCCUGGUAGGCAGAUCCAAGACAUCAUCUCAGCUAAGAGUGAAAGCGGCCAGACAUUGUCCUCCCAGUUGUCCAGUGGGUGUGCAGAUCAACACCGAGCAUGCAAAUGCUGCUCUUCUGUCAUGGGUUCCUGCUCAGGACACACGAAAAAACCCUCCAUCUGGAUAUGUGCUUGAGCGACAAGAAGUAGGCACUGGCUCACAAGAGUGGCUUCAGUGCCUGACCACUGAUUCUGCAACAUCUGUGGAGAUCCUUGGCGAUAGUGUACCAUGUGAGGCUGACUAUCGAUUUCGCAUUUGCAGUGUGAACAAAUAUGGAAAGAGCAACAAUGUUGAGUUCCCCAGAGCUGUUCACUUGGUUCCAGUGACCAGAAUACAAGCUCCGUUACAGGAUGCCUUGGUUCCUGAGGGACAAGAUGCCAUCUUCUCUAUUGAGCUCUCUGCCUCAGUUAUUGGUACAUGGUUUUUAAAUGGUACUCAGCUUCAGGAGGAUGAACGUUUUUCCAUGCGUCGCUCACGAACACACCAAUCACUUCGCAUUCGAGGGGUACGCGAUACAGAUAAUGGAGCUGAGAUUACGUUUAUAGCCUAUGGCAUCCGGGAUUCUGCAGCACUGUACAUUCAAGCUCCUCUUGUCAAGUUUUCACCCAUGUCAGAAAUGGAUCGGAACAAAUUUGUAGAAAUUGGGAACCCCAUUGUUCUCUACUGUGAGCUGUCAGACCCUGCAGCUCCAGUGCACUGGUACAAGAAUGGGGUAGAACUACAAACAAUGGAGGGUCUUCAUAUCCAAUCGGAGGGCACCAUGAGACGAAUUGUCAUCCAGUCAGCAGAGUUGUCACACUCAGGAGUAUAUUGCUGUGAUGCCAUUGAUGCUGUCAUCAGGUUCAAUGUGGAAGUAGAGGCCCCACCUGUGAGGUUCUCAGCAAUUCCAGAUGCUGAGAGGAACAAAACCAUCCAAAAAGGAUGCCCCAUUGUUUUACAAUGUGAGCUCUCAGAUCCGUCUGCCCAGGUGCACUGGUACAAAGAUGCGUCAAACCUUCAUCCUCAAAAUGGAGUAGAUAUUUUAACUGACAACUUGGAAAGAAAACUGAUUGUGGAUUCAGCAGAUUUUUUCCACUCUGGGUUAUACUGCUGCAAGACAAAGGGUGACACCAUCACGUUCAGUGUGGACGUCAAAGCUCCACCUGUGAAGUUCUCAGCAAUUCCUGACGAAAUGAGGACCAAGUCGAUUGAAGCAGGCUGCCCUAUUAUACUCCAGUUGGUGGUGUCAGAUCCUGAGGCCCAUGUUUGCUGGUACAAGGAUGAAAUACAGCUCAUUUCAAACUCUGCAAUAGCAAUCCACUCAGAGGGCAACACAAGGACUUUAGUUGUUCAGUCUGCAGAGCUGUGCCACUCUGGUGUGUACAGAUGCACCACACAGGAUGAUACCGUGGAGUUUCAAGUGGAGAUCAAAGCUCCAACAUUGCCAUUGUCGCCUGCACCAGACGUUGUGGAAUCGCAGUCACUUGAGACAACCUGCCCCACUGAACCAACAUGUGGAACCUUAGACCCUGCUGUUCAGGUGUCAUGGCAGAGGGAUAAAGAACAUGACUCUAAUACAGAGCCUGAUUUUGAAAUGGGAACCAUCAAGAAGACCCUUGUUAUUGAACCAACUCAUCCUGGAACAUAUUAUUGUGCAACAGCAGAUGAUGUUGCCCAAUUGAUAGAAAACCCUCAAGUGCCACCUCCGACAUAUCUGCUUGGUAAUGAUGUUGGUCCUGAAGAUACCAAGUCUGCUGAAGAGUACUGCCCAAUUGUUCAGCAAUUUGAAAUUUCAGAUCCCAUUGCCAAAGCCUGUUGGUACAAAGAUGGAACCCAGAUCUACCCCAAAAGGGAAGCUGACUGUGAAUCACAGAGCAGCAGCCAAGCCUUGCUCCUCCAGUCACAUAACUUGUCUGCUGGUGAGAGGUUUGGCUGUGAAACACCGGGUAAUGCACAGUUAAAUGAGGACAUGAAAGCAGAGCAGUGUCACAUUGGUGAUGAAAUUGGUGAGAUAGCUGACGCAUCUACCCAAUACACUGUGGAUGUCAAAGCUACAUCGCCAAGGCUCUCUUCUGUCCAAGAGAAGAUCAAGUCCACAGAAGAGGCUAAUCCUGUUGAAGUUAUCUGCAUAUCCUCAAAAUGCAAUUCUGGCAUCUUCGGUGGCAAGAGAGGAGAUACUCAGACAAGUGAAGACCAUUCCAGGCCUAUGCCAACUUCUCAGUCAACAUAUGAAUAUACGCCUGACUGGAUUAAAACUGAACAACCAACGGAGCUCUCAGACAGUCAACAAACAAUAAAUAGACAUCCUCCAGUUCACCGUUGCUCUACAAAGUCAAUAAUACAAUCUGACACACACCAUCACACUCGAAAAUCCACAGAAUCACAAGGUGAGGAAAUCAUUUUCUAUAUUCAGCAUGCAGAGGGUCCAUCUGAAGAGUGUGAUGAUUCCCUGCAGACGGAUGUCCAGACCGAUGAAUUCUGCAAUUGUCUUCAAACUGCAGCUGUUGGAGAGUUACAUUGCUCAAUGCAGACCUCAACUGUCCAGUCAGAGCUAGGGAGCCCCGCACAGGAUUCAACUACCCAGUCUGAACACCUUUCCAACAAAUUUCGGAUUUCAACAGUCAAAUCAGAUGAGCUCUGUAACACCUCAGAAUCUGCAGCUCCCCAGUCAGAGGAGCCCUUUACAUCCUUUCAUACUGCAACUGUCCAAUCAGAGAAGCCCUUUAAAUCCUUACAGUGUGCAAUUACCCAAUCAGAAGAGCCGUUUACAUCCUUACAUUCUGAAACUGUCCAAUCAAAGGAUGCAUUUAAAUCCAAACAUACUGCAACUGUCCAAUCAGAAGACCCAUUUACAUCUUUACAUACUGAAACUGCCCAAUCAAAGGAGCCAUUUACAUCCUUACAUACCCCAACUGUCCAAUCAGAGGAGUCAUUAACAUCCUUGCAUACUGCAACUGUCCAAUCAGAGGAUCCAUUUGCAUCCUUACAUACUGAAACUGUCCAAUCAAAGGAUGCAUUUACAUCCAUACAUACUCUAACUGACCAAUCAGAAGACCCAUGUACAUCUUUACAUACUGCAACUGCCCAAUCCAAGGAUCCGUUUACACAUUUACAUGCUGCAACUGUUGAAUCAGAGAACCCCUUUAAAUACUUACAGUGUGUAAAAACCCAAUCAGAGGAGCCCUUUACGCCCUCAUGUACUGCAAUUGUCCAAUCAGAGGAGCCUUUUACUUCCUUAUAUACUGCAACUGUCCAAUCAGAGGACUCUUUUACAUCACUACGUAUUUCAACAAUCCAAUCAGAGAAGCCUUUUAAAUCUUUACAUUCCACAAUUAUCCAAUCAGAGGAGCUCUGCAACUCCAUGCAGAUGCCAGCUGUCAUACCAGAGAAGUUUCUUGAUUGCUUACAAAGUGAAACUGUUCUUUCUGAGGGCCACUGCAACUCCAUAUGGACAGCAACUGACCAGUCAGAGAAGUUAAACGGAGCCCUUCAGACAUUGACUGUCCACUCAGAGAACCUUGGUGACUUCCCUAAUACCACAUCUCCUCAAUCAUCGGACUAUAAACAUGCAGAACAUCUCCAAACAGGGGAGCAAAACAACUUACAACAGUUUGCAUAUGUCAGACUGGAUGACCUCUAUCACACAGGACAAACAGUACCGAACCAUGCAGAGGUGAUGCAUCCGUCCAUGCAGGCCGCAACAGUCCAAGCAGAUUGGCAUCAACCCAUGGAGGUCACAGAGGUCCAAAUAGACAGCACGAUCAACUCUGAGCAGAGAACACCUAACAAGUUUGCAGAGCCCUUCUAUAUCAAGCAAGCCUCUGCGGCCCAAUCAGAAGAGAUCUAUCGAUCAAGGACAUGUGACAGUCCUUGGAUCGACCAUUUCACAGCAAAUAAGGUGGCUGUUGAAGCUCCGCCUGUGACAAUUACAACACUUUGUGAGGCUGAGAGGAACAAGUCCGUUGAAGCUGGUGAACCCAUAAUACUGCGAUGUGAGGUAUCAGAUCCUAAUGCUCAAGUUACUUGGUACAAGAAUGGAAUCAAACUACAUGAAGCAGCUGGACAAGACACGUUGGCAGAGGGUUCCAUAAGAACACUGGCUGUCCAGUCAGCGAUGCAGUCUCAUGCAGGGAUUUACAGCUGCAAGACGAAAGAUGAUGCAGUGCAGUUUCAUGUGGAUGUUAAAGCUCCAGUUCUGAAGUUUUCAGCAUUAUCUGAGGCUGACCAGAAAGAGACAGUCAUGGCGGGCGGCCCUGUUGCUCUACAAUGUGAGCUGCCAGAGCCCACUGGACAAGUCAGUUGGUGCAAGGAUGGAACAGAGCUCCUACCUCAAAGUGGAGUAGACUUCCAGUCAGAGGGGAAUUUAAAGGGUCUAGUAGUCCCAUCAGCAGAGCUGGCUCAAAAUGACGUAUACCGCUCACUACCUGUGAGGUUCUCAGAGCUUCAAGAAACUGACAGGAACAAAACCGUCCAAGAAGGCACCCCCAUUGUCCUCAGCUGUGAGCUCGCUCAUGAUCCUUCUGCUCAUGUGGACUGGUACAAGGAUGGGAUGGAACUCCUGCCGCAAAACAAUGCAGAAAUACAGUCAGAUGGUCUGACAAGGACGCUGCACAUCUAUUCGGCUGAAAUCAUACAUGGUGGCACCUAUGUAUGUUCAACAGCAGAUGACACUGUCACGUUUAAAGUGGACGUAAAAGGCCGAUUGCCACAGAUCAUGCCAAUCCUCCCAUCUGAAAAAUGCAAGAGGAUUGCAGUUGGUUUUCCAAUUAUUCUGCAGUGUGAGGUCUCAGAGCCUGUUGCCCAAGUUUCCUGGUUUAAAGAUGGGGUGGAGCUUUUUUGCAAAACGGGCCUCGAUAUGAAAAGAGACGGCAGCUUCAGAAAGUUAAUGAUUCAUUCUGCUAAGGUCUCCGACUCUGGCCCUUACAGCUGUAGCCUCGCAGACGAUGUUGUGACAUUCCAUGUGGACAUCGAAGCUCCUCCUGUGAGGUUUUCAGCGCUUCCAGAGGUUGCAAGAAACACAUUUGUUGAGGCAGGCUGCCCAAUUAAGAUGCAGUGUGAAGUGUCAGAGACAGCUGCCCAAGUCUAUUGGCACACGGAUGGAGAACAGCUGCUUCCAAAGAGUCAAUAUGAAAUUGAAACAAAAGACAAUCUAAGACCUCUUGCUAUUCAUUCAGCAGAGGUCAGACACUCUGGGCAGUACAGCUGUGAGGCCACAGAUGACCAUAUAGAAUUCAAGGUGGAUGUUGCAGAGGCUGAGAAGAACAAGUCUGCUGAAGCAGGCAGCCUGACCAAACUGCAGUGCGAGAGCUCAAACCCUGCAAACCAGACCUGCUCGCAUGAGGAUGGAAUAAAACUCUUGCCAAAAUCAGGAAUAAACAUUGAUUCAGAGGGCAGUAUGAGGACACUUAAUAUGAAGUCGGCCACAUCUUCAUACUCUGGGGCGUACAGCUGUAAAACUGAUGGUGAUGAUUCAGAUAUCAACGAUUUCUGUGUGGAAGUGAAAGCACUGCCGGUAACAUUUGUGGAUCUUCCUGAAGAGGACCUUUUCAAGAGUGUUGUGGAAAAAGAACAGCUUGUUCUCUCAUGUGAAGUAUCAAGGACUGACGGUGUCGUCCAGUGGUACAAAGAUGGAGCUGAUAUGCAACCAAGCAAUAAUGUUGCAAUGCAAGCAGAGGGCACCAGAAGAAACCUGACUAUACAUUCAGCCCAACUGUCCGACACUGGAACAUACACAUGUCGUGCAGGAGACCACGUUUUAAUCUUCAAGGUUACCAUACGAGAACCGCCGGUGAUGAUAAUCUACCCUAAGGAGGAUGUCCACCUUGACCGCCAUGUUCCCGACGAAAUCAUUCUGAGCUGUGAAUUGUCCCGUGCCAAUGGUGUUGUCAGCUGGUACAAAGAUGGACAAAAGCUGCAAGACAGCGAGAACAUCAAACUCAAGAUCGAAGGCCCUUAUCGACGACUGAAAAUUCUCUCUAGUGGCAUCGACGAUUCUGGAGAAUACGUCUGCGAUACAGCUGACGAUUCAAUAUUCUACCACCUCAGUAUUACAGAAGCUCCAGUACGAAUAGUAUCCCCCAGUCAGUCACAAAUGGAACUUUGCCAGCAAACCUCUGAGCGGAUGGUACUGAGCUGCGAGAUCUCGCGGCCCAAUGCGUUGGUGCGUUGGUAUCGAGAUGGUCUCGAAGUGGAGGAGAGUGACAACCUUAUUCUAGAGGUGGACGGUGUCUACAGAAGACUUAUCAUACCCGAAACUACUGUCAAAGAUUCAGCAGAAUAUGUAUGUGACACGGCAGAUGAUUCCAUGACGUUCUUUGUGAACAUAGCAGAACCUCCUGUCCGCUUCAUACGUCCAAGGAAGAUGGCAAGUAGAGUAGAAAAAGUGGUCGGGGAAACACUGGUUCUAGACUGUGAAGUCUCAAGAUCAAAUGCUGAAAUCACCUGGAGGAAAAAUGGGGAAGAAGUAGAAGACUCCAGAAAUAUCACCAUUCUUGAGGAUGGUGUCAUGCAUCAAUUAACCAUUCACUGUCUGACAGUGAAAGAUGCUGGGCAAUACGUCUGUGAUGCAAAGGACGAUGUGAUGGAUUUCUAUGUAAAUGUGCAAGAGUUGCCUGUAAAAAUUCUUGGAAAAACUGAGGCGAAAACUGAAAAGCAGUUCUUAGUUUCAGAUGACAUUAUUCUUGUGUGCGAACUCUCAAGAUCCAAUGUCUCAGUCAGUUGGUACAAAGACAAUCAGCUAAUUGAUGACACUGAGCGAUACUGUAUUGAGGAGCAAGGUGUUUUCCGAUCACUGGUUGUCCUAAAUGCUGGGCUCCAGGAUGCAGGAGAGUACACUUGUGAUGCAGUGGAUGAUAAGAUGGUCUUCUAUAUCACUGUCAAAGAGCCUCCAGUGCAGAUCAUUGGGAACUCAGGCCACCAGGAGCAGCACAUCCUGGUGGCAGGAGAUGACCUUGUUUUGGAGUGUGAAGUGUCUCGGCCAAAUGCCACCGUUCAGUGGUUAUGGAACGGCGAGAUACUGAAACCAGAUCCUCGUGUCAAAAUCGACAGCUAUGACGUGGUGAGAAAGCUUGUCCUCUCUGGUCUUCAGCCCUCAGACUCUGGAAAAUACAUCUGCGAUGCCAUCGAUGACAGACUGAUAACGAUUGUCGAGGUGCAAGAGCCACCGGCCAAGUUUGUGAAUAAAAAGGAGGGGAAUAACAUCGCAGCCUAUGAAAAUGAGAGUGUUACUCUGUGUGCCGUUGUGAGCGGUGAAAGAGCGAAUGUCCGGUGGCUGAAAGAUGGCCAACUACUGAACGAGGACAACAUUCACAUUUCCAGUGAGGGUAAUACCCACAAGCUCACCAUUAAUCCUCUGCAGCUGUCCGAUUCUGGAGAAUAUGUCUGUGACGUAAACACAGAUGAGAUGUAUUUCAGUAUUUUAGUCAAAGAAAUGAAAGUGAAAUUUAUCAAACCAUUGGAGAAUAUUGCGUGUCUGAAGGGCGGCAGCCUUACACUACGAUGUGAGAUUAACAAACCAAAGGGAGACGUGCAGUGGCUUAAAGACGGCCAGGAGAUCUCCCAAAGCCGCCGGCACACAAUACGGGCACAAGGUCGAGAGCGAACCUUCACCGUCUACCAAAUAGUGGAGGAAGAUGCUGGAGAAUAUGCCUGUGAAUCCACAGAUGACAGGACCUCGUCUACUGUCAGUGUAGAAAGUCCCCGUGUUGUUGAGUUCAUAGCGGAGCUCCGUAACAUCACAAUCCGUGAAGGAGAAGAUGCAGUGUUCAAGUGUGUGGUUUCACCAGAGAACGCUCGGUUGGUGUGGCGCUUGAAUGGCAAACAAGUCGCUCUGAAUGAGCGAACUGUCAUUUCGAGCAAUGGACUGUGCCACAUGCUCUGCAUCCACAACUGCAUGGUUUCAGAUAGCGGCAGAGUAACAGCUGAUGCAGAGGGGUCGGUUUCAGAGGCGGAACUCCAGGUUCAAGAGGAGCAGGUGAUAUUCACCAAGAAAAUGAUGCCAGUUGUUGCUGAGGAAUACAGCGAGGCAGUUCUAGAGGUGGAGGUGAGCCUGGAUUCAGAAGAGGUGCAGUGGAUGAGGCAAGGGGUGCUGAUCCACCCUGACACCAAGUACAUCCUGAAACACAAGGGCCGAAAGCACAUCCUCACCAUACACAAAGUGGGGAUGUGUGACCGGGGCACCUACAGCUGUGAAACCCUCCAUGACCGCACGCAAGCCCAGCUAACGGUGGAACCUCGGAAAAUCACCAUCAAGAGGGGGCUGGGUGACAUUACAACCACAGAGAGAGAAACAGCCUCUUUUGAAGUGGAGCUCUCACAUCCCAAUGUUCCGGGCACUUGGAUGAGAAAUGGGAUCAAGCUUAAGCCGACAAAUCACUUCCGGAUGAGUGCCAAAGGACAAGUUCACAGCCUCACCGUCUCUCAUCUCUCGUUGGAAGACACUGGCUCCUUCACGUUCGGGGUAGAGAAUCUGAAAACAUCUGCGAGGCUUGUUGUGAAAGAGCCCCCAGUGACCAUUUUCAGAAAACUGGAGGACCAGAAAUUCCCUGACGGAGCAGUGAUCUCUAUUGAGUGUGAGCUGUCGAGACACAACGUCGAUGUAAAAUGGAUUAAGAAUGGGGUGGAGGUGAAGCCCAGCAAGGAGUUGCGCAUUUAUGCAAUGGGAAGAAAACGUUUUCUUCAGAUCAUGAAAUGUCACGUCAGCGAUUCUGGGAUGUAUACCUGCGAUGCCUGUGAUGCUACUACAUCCUGCGUCGUGGAGGUCUACGAGCGUGAGCUAUUGAUCGUGCAUGGCCUCGGGGAUGUGGACAUCCAGGAAGACCAGAAUGCCGUGUUUGUUUGUGAGCUCUCAGUGGAGGAUGUGCCAGGAGAAUGGUACAAAAAUGGGGAGAGGAUACAACCCACCAGCACCAUCAAGAUCCGUCAGGAAGGGACCAAACAUUUUCUUCUCAUGUGCAGUGUGCGACCCGAGGACUCCGGAGAGAUCAAGUUUGUCGCCAGACAUGUUGAAUCCAUCUCUUACCUGGAGGUGGAAGAGAUCCCCGUCAACAUUGUAAAACCUCUGCAGGAUAAGACCGUCCUGGAGAAGACCCGGGUGAUCCUGGACUGCUCCGUGUCGAACUCCAGAUGCAGCAUCCGCUGGUACAAAGGCAGCAACGUCAUCCUGCCCUCGGAGCGCUUCGAGAUCAGCAGCGAAGGCUGUUACCGCAAACUGAUCAUCCAGCACGUGGCUCUGGACGAUGAGGGCUUGUACAGCGUCCAGGUCGGGGAGCACACAUGCUCUGCAACACUGACGGUGGAGGCCCAGUGUUUGUCGAUGGUCAGAGAGCUGAGAGACGUGGAGGUCGUGGCCCCCGACGAAGCCAGCUUCGAAUGUGAGGUGUCCGCCCCCGUCGCCAAAGCUCCGGUGUGGAGUCUGCGGGGGGAGCCCCUGCAGGCGGGCUCUCGGGUUCGCCUGGAGAAGAUGGGCACAGUCCACAGGCUGACCCUCAGGCAGACGUCGCCGGACAUGAGUGGAGCGGUGGAGUUCACCUCUGGGAAGGCGAAUAGCAGAGCUCAGCUCCGCGUGCUGAGUGACGCCUGAGUGGCAUCCUCUCUCCGCCAUCGCUUCACUGGCGUGGACUGAUUUCUACAUUGAUGCUUUCAAGUGGUAACAUUGACAUUGCAUAUAUAUUCACACGAAAGUGGUGCAAACAGGGUUUGUAAUGGAUUUUCUUGUCGUUCAGUUAAUUCAAGGAUUGUUUUUUUGUUUUCUCUCAGUAACUUUGCCUUGAAGAAACAAGAUUUCUGUUCAUAUAACAUUUUGUCAUGGUGUGCGAAGAAAUCUCAGAGCAGUUCAUAAUACAAAUUGCAGUUUUGAUUGUAAAUAAUGUGUGGAAGUGUUUUGACUGCAAUAGUAUUUAUGAAGGUUGAAGGCGACUGUGUAUUUGUGCCAAUAGAUGAUCUGAUUCAAAUACUUUAAAGUUCAAAAGGCUGCAGUGCUGGGUAAUAACUCCAAGCAUAUACUUAAAUUCAUGCAAGAACAUUCUAUGUUUUAAUCCACCCAUGAUAUGUGUAGUGUUGGAAACUCUUUGCCAUUUUGGCCCUUUGUAAAACUCUUUGAUACACUUAUUUAACCAGAACAGACUUACAGGCUACAUGUGCUAUUGUUUUGUUUUUUAACGCACUGUAACCUGAUUUACACCCAGUGUGAUUCCACAUAUAUCACAGCAUGUUUUUGUGGGGCUGUUUGUUUUAGAGAGCGAUGACACCAGCAUCAGGUGUCGCCGCUGUAGGAGGCACACAAAGUUCCAAUUGACUUUCCCUCAUCUUCAACAUCAAUUUGAACUUUUAGAAUGGUUCAUCCAAGAAACAGCUCUGUUUAGUUUUUUUUCAUAAUUUGUCCAGUGUAUAGAAAUAAUUUUUUAAUGUUUUGAUGAAAAGUUUUAAUGAAGAAAACUAAAGAACAUCUGUCUUGCAGCAAGUGGCUUGUGAUGUAAAUACAUUGGGCCAAAAAUCAAGUAAUUCAUGUCAGAAAUAGCUCACAGAAAUGACUUGAUCACCUUGAUCAAUAGCCGAGGGCAUGUUCGGUUUGUUUAAAUGCUUAUUGAGUGAUUAUAACAUUUGAAUGAUAGUUGUUUUCAU